UCCUGUGGCUGGCGCAUGGCUCAAUCUGAUAGGCCCUGUGCGCGUCACAUUGGGGUGUUCCUUUGAAGGCCCUGCCAUUGUCGUUCCUCCCAUCAUCUUCAACAGAUAGAUAGAAGAAAAAGAAAGCGUCAACAGCCUUCCUCCGGCUAACACACGCAGGUACGCGCGCCGGCCACCCGACAAAAUGAUCCUCCUGCCACUAGCAUGGACGCUGCUCAACGUCUGGUCCCUGACAGCCGGGGCCGACAACGAGGUCAGGCUGCAAAAUGACAAUAAACACAAAGGCGUCCUUUAUCCCAAGAUCAGCAGCAAUGAGAGUGUUGAGUGUGUGUGUGAACAGACCACCUGUGACCAGGCCUUCUGGUACCGCAUUCUUGACAGUAACCAAACAUUUCAGUACCUGGGCAAAUGCAACAACGCUGAGCGUUUUGCCGGUGAGGUGGACCCGGCACGCUUUAAAUUUACUAAGAGGGGCAGUAAUGGCUUUCUCCUACGUAUCAUGAAUGUGACACCAGCGGACGCGGGGGUUUAUUCUUGCGUCCUAAAGAGCAAGAACAUAGAGCUGUGGAGGACCGGACCUCUUAUCCUGCCGGGAGGGACCCCUCCAACAGCGCCUCCUAAACUACAACCAAAACCCAAAGAGCCCCCACGAACCAAUACGGUCAAGUGCUGCUCUUCGAAGAAAAAAGAAGGCUGCAGCCACAUGGUUCUGUGGCCAAUGGUCGGAAUCAUUACGGGCUUGGCUGUCGUCCUCAUCGGCACAUUGUACUAUUUCAGCCGGCUACCCAAAAAGUGCCGCCACCGCUUCGCGAAAAAGAGGCAGACAUCCUAAAACUCCUUCACCUACGGCUUACAUGAAGAAGCAGAUGACUUGAAUGCUUCACGCUUCACUUGAUCCCCCCGUCCAGCAGAGCAUGAAGGACAGGAUUCAUUUGAACCCUGACAUGUCGGGUUUCUCCACAGAGAAAUGUGCGCUCAGCCCGAGAAGGAUUUUUUUCAUUUUCAGCAGCUGCAGCCAUGUAACAUAUUGUGACAUAUAUUCACAGGUUUCUUUUGUAUAUUUUUAUAAUAAAAAACUCCGCUAAGUUCGGUUCAAAGCCUUAUGCUGUAACUUUUAUCUGUAAUGUUUCUGAUUUGUCACUUCUCUUUGUGCUGUUUGAUUCAUCACAUAUGAAGAUGCGGUGAUUUUUUUUUUUAAGCGCUUUUUCUCUAAACCCGUAUUGUGAUACAGAUAAUCACAGUAUAAUCUAAUCGGUGUAUUUACAUACAACAAUCACAAAAGAUAAAAAAAAUGAAGUACAGCUUUUUCUGCAUUCUUUGCUCUUGUGUAUUUAUUUGUGUUUUCAUCUUUAACGCCGUCGUGGUAUUGGUCUACGUUCACAUCUGUCGCAAAGAAAAAACUGGCGUGUUGAUUUUUCUGUGAGCUCAACUCAAUAAAACUCAAUAAAAUUGUAUAUUUUGAAUCAUU